ACCGUGGUGGUGUUGAGUGGCCGUCCCGGUCGGGCCCGCCCCCGAUGCAAGCUUCCUGAUAGGUAUUUUGAGCCCGGCCCCGAUCCGAGUCCUGGCGCGUGGGCUCAGUACACUUGAGGGUGCGUGGGGGCACACCAGGGGGGACGGGGGCUGAGUGGAAAGCACGCGCGUGGAAGGCCUGGAACGAGUCCGGACGCCGUGGACAAAGGCGGGAAGCCGGAACCCAUCGGCGAGGCACGGCCUCCAACCUCAGGCUGCGGCUGGGAACCUGGGGUCGGAAGUGAGCGCCAAGUGCAGGGGUUGCAUUAAGUAGCCCCUUCUGGGGAAUGGGAAGAAGUUAUGGAGACCUUGCCUGGAGAAGCCAGGACUUAUGGUAGCAGCUGUCCCUGCAGCGUGUCUCAAGUAGAAACAUGAGGGAAUGGUCAAGUCCAUCUUCCCUCGCUUUGCCAUUUUAAUAUGCGCUCUUCCCUGUGAGGAGGGAAAUCAGCUAAGGCCCAGGUCCCUCCUUGUUCAGUCUAGAAUUGCACCAUGGCAGAAACUGGGGAAGAGGAGACCGCAUCAGCAGAAGCCUCGGGGUUCUCGGACUUGAGUGACUCGGAGUUGGUAGAGUUUCUGGACCUGGAAGAAGCCAAAGAAUCAGCUGUUUCACUUAGCGAGCCUGGCCCUUCUUCUGAACUCCCUGGGAAGGAUGACAAGCCUGCAAGCUUGCAGAACUGGAAACAUGGGUUGGAUGUCUUGUCACCCAUGGAGAGAUUCCACUUGAAAUAUUUAUAUGUCACUGACCUGUGUUCUCAGAACUGGUGCGAAUUGCAAAUGGUGUAUGGAAAGGAACUCCCUGGUUUUCUGACCCCUGAGAAGGCAGCUGUUUUGGACAGUGGUGCUAGCAUCCACCUAGCAAAAGAACUAGAACUUCAUGAUCUUGUGACUGUCCCCAUCACCACUAAAGAAGAUGCCUGGGCAAUCAAGUUCCUCAACAUCCUGUCAAUGAUCCCUACCCUACAGUCAGAAGGGCGCAUCAGAGAGUUUCCUGUGUUUGGGGAAGUGGAGGGAGUAUUUCUUGUUGGAGUGAUCGAUGAGCUGCACUACACAUCCAAGGGGGAACUGGAGCUGGCCGAACUCAAGACACGAAGGCGCCCAGUGCUCCCUCUGUCAGCUCAGAAAAAGAAAGACUGUUUUCAAGUUAGCCUAUACAAAUACAUCUUUGAUGCCAUGGUACAAGGGAAGGUGACUCCUGCAAGCCUAAUCCACCAUACAAAACUGUGUCUAGACAAGCCACUGGGACCUUCAGUGCUGAGGCAUGCCCGACAAGGAGGCUUCUCUGUGAAGUCUUUGGGUGACCUCAUGGAGCUUGUUUUCUUGUCUCUUACACUGUCUGAUCUCCCCGCUAUUGAUACCCUGAAACUCGAGUAUAUCCAUCAAGAGACCGCCACUGUGUUGGGCACAGAGAUUGUAGCCUUUGAAGAGAAAGAAGUGAAGAGUAAGGUGCGGCAUUAUGUGGCCUACUGGACAGGCCACCGAGAUCCUCAAGGCGUUGAUGUGGAAGAGGCAUGGAAGUGUCGGACCUGUGACUAUGUAGACGUCUGUGAGUGGAGGAGGGGCCGUGGAGCGCUCAGCUCUUCGUUGGAGCCCAAAGCCAAGGAGUUGAAAUGACCAGAAGAUAUGCUUUCAGAAAUGUUGAUCAUUUCUGAUUUAAUAUACCCGUGUGAAAGGACCAGUCUCUCAGCUUGGCUUUCGUGGAUGAGGUUUUAAUUUUUAUGCCUGUGACCUUUAAUAACAUUCCAACCCAGGGCCAAGGAUCAGGAAAGAAUGGAGAGAUUUGGGGUUAUAGUGACCUUGGAGCUUUGAGAUGAAUUGAAAAGAAGACAGAUAUACAUCAUGUCUGCAGCAAGGUAUCCCUCACUAAUCACUGUUUUCUCAAGAUUAUUUGAGUUCUGAUAUUUUUAUUUAUUUUUUUUACAUUUUUCAUAAUAAAAAUGAAAUGCUCUCUAGAACU